GCACGCUCAACUGCUCCGGGUAGCAUCGUGUGCCAUCGCACUGUCACUUUUGGCCAUGAUCCAAGCCCAACGAGACUGCCUGGCUCCACCGCCACCAGCCAGCCCUAAAAUCUGCUGUCCUUGGAUGGACGGUGGCACCACCUACAACGAUACGAUCUACAUCGAAUGUUGGGGACGGUUCGCCCAGUUUCCCAUGGUACCAAUCCCCGGCGGAGGCCUAGCCGGUGGUUCGGCCGGGUGUGUCUCCGAGUGUCUAUUCAACUAUUUGGAUGUGUUCGACCACAAUUCCAGCGAUGAUGGCAAAUUGAUUAAUUUCUACGCAUUGAACGAGCACGUCAAGGAGAUCUCCGACCCGGACCGCUAUCCGUUGAUGUAUCUGGCGAUGCGGUACUGCAUCGGAGAGGCCAACCGGAGGGCGACAGUAUUCAGUGAAAUCCAACAGCGGGACCCACCGGUCGUACCCGGGUUGGACAACUGUAAUCCCAUUUCGGGCUUCACCAUGUCUUGUAUGAACGCGUACACCAUCCGGUUCUGCCCGGAUUGGACCCCCAACGAGGAAGAAGGGUGCGACGAUCUGUUGGAUUUCUACACCCAGUGCCCACUGAAUCCGUACUAGAC